AUGGAAGAAAUUAUAACAUUUUCAACAUAUGAAUCACAAAUUUAUGGUUUUUCAUGUGAUUAUCCGAGUAAUUGGAUAAAAACAGAUAAUUCAUUUUUUGUAGUUGGAUUUAAAGAAAAAGAAGAAUUAACUUAUCCUUCAUUCAAUAUUCAAAUUAUAGAUUUAUCAAUGUUUUCAAGGGAUACAUCAUUGGUGAAAGUUGAUCAGUUUCAACAAAUGAUAAUGGGUGAAAUAUUAAGAGUUGGUGCAAAACCAUCAAGUUUCUCUGACGAAUUAAUUGGUGGCAAAUAUAAUGGUCGUUCAAUUAUUUAUUACUUACCAAAUGAUCAUAUGAAAUCCAAACAAUCCUUCUUUUUCGAUCAAGGUCAUGCCUAUAUAAUUUCAUAUACAUCAAAAGCAGACGAAUUCUUUCAACAACAUUUAUAUGUUCACGAUCAUGCAAUUAGUUCUUUUAAUCUAUUUAAAUGUAAAGGUUAUAAAUUUUUACAAUUAUCAAUGAAUUCAUUAUUAUUAUCAUCAUCGUCAUCGUCAUCAACAUCAAAUUCAAAUGAAAUAUAUUUAGAGUAUUUUUACCCAAAAGAUUGGUCAAAGAAAAUUAAUGGAGAUAUACAACAUAUUUAUAAGGAUGAAAAGGUGGUGCUUGAUGGAGGUUUAGUAUUUAGUAUUACAAAAAGUGAUAGUGAAUUUACAAAUGAUGGUAGUUUAGGUGAUGAAUGCAAAGACAUUCAAAUCAAUUUGAAUUAUCGUGAUGGUAAUGGUAAAAAGUUAGUGGUUGUAGCCAAACAGUAUGAUAGUGACAAUGGUAGAGAUGUUUUAUUCCAAUUCGAUCAAUGGAUAAGAUUAUCAUUUAGAGUACCAAAUGGAGAUAAAGCUUACUAUGUUAAAGUAUUCGAUAGACUAAUCAAUUAUUUAGGUGUAACAAGUGGACAUAUACUAAAAGCAAGAUCACCAUUACCUUAUGAUAUAUUCGAUAAUUUAAUGGUUGGCUAUAAUUUAAAUAUACCAAAAUCAUUUGAACUCGCAUCAAUUAAACCAAAUGGUGAAAUGAUAUCAUUCAAAGAUACAACCAAGAAUACUAAUGAUUUACCAUACUGUGUAAGAAUUGCAGUUGAAGAUAUCUCAUCAGCAGGUAUUAUUAGGCUAAAUGAAUAUAGUAAUGAUGUCAUUGGUAGAAUGUUACAAUUAUUACCAGAAUCGAAAUUGUUAACUGAAGAACCAAGUUUCAUUCGUUUAGAUAAACAUCUAGCCUCAACAGCUUCCAUUCAAUGCUAUGAUGUUGAAUUAGGACAACCAUCAAUUCAAUUAAUUGCUACCUCUGUUCAAAAAUCUCAUGGUAUAGUAAUCACAAUGAGAACAAAAGCCUCAAAUCAAUUUGGUAUAAUUUAUAAAAAAUCAUUUUAUAUUUUCGAUUCAUUUUGUUAUUAUUAUGAAUAA